CGUGACACGACAACAAUUCCGCGGGACAUGUGUGACAGUGACACGACGUUAUUCGGGAGGACAGACAUAAAUUUGGAUUCCACCCGCCGUGUCACGGAGCACAGUGCACGCCUUCAGCCGGGCUUGGGACCCCGCGGCGCAAGGACGACCGCGGCGAGGGAGGUACCAGCAUCGGGUUGUGAGCCUCAGCGAGGUGUUGGUAGAGGAGUGUCCAGCGAGAGCUUGGAGUACGCUCUGAGAGCAGCGACGUAUGCCGUGCAGGAGCAGACUCCACUCAAGCAUGGAGUGCCUCCUCGUCCACGCCCCGUGCCUGCAGCGGGAGGCGCUGCACUUGGAGAGAGUUCGGGGGCGGAGGGGUUGGGGAUGCCUCAUGGAUCCCGCCGUGAGCAGACGGUUGCAGAGGCUAGUGCGAGGGUUGUUGUAUUGAGAAAGGGAGGAGACCCUGUCACCAUCGAGGAGGAUGAUCCUGAUACGGAUGCGGUUGUGCGGGAGCAGGACGAGGACUAUGAGGGUGAGGAGCAGACCAGGAGCGGUUCCGAUGGUGACGACGACGACGAUUACGAUGAGCCCCCACCUCCCCCAGGAGCCCCACCGACGGGUGCAUCUACACGCUCCGCUGCGCGGACUUCUUCAUCCGCACGAGGGAAAAGAGGUCGACAUCCGACAGUGGAGGGGGUUCGAGGAGACAGAGCGGGAAGGGGAAGAAGGGUCGUUGACCGAUGAGGCCAACAUUCCGCUUCUCCCGUACU